CCAACGGCUCACCGUGGGUUCAGUUAAGGUAACGGGACACUUAACAUGUUGAUUUGCUCUAUCACGGGCUACUUUCCGUCUGCCUUGUCCAUUUUUCCUGCAUACAUAUCGAUUGAGAUUAUGUGUCGAUAUUAAAAACGCUUUUUUUCACUUUAUCAUAUUCAAUCUACACGUCAAGUGGCGGCGUCAAAUUAGCAAGAAUAAGCCAUCGGAGGUUUUUCAAAAUAAAAGCGUGAAGGUUGAUAUAGGUGGAUAAAUCGAUUUGGGGUCCAGUAUGCCAAAGGAAGAGCCUUCCUUCAGCGAGCAUAGUCCUUGUGUUACAUCCAGCAAGAAUGCUAAAGAUAAGAGCAACAAUUCAACUAUGCUGGCAAUACGUGAUACUGAUGGCACAGAUAACUCCAGUGGAAGGGGCUCCUGCUGGAGUUCAGAAAAAGACUCUGGCUACUCAGACAACGGCUCAGACUGGCAGCAAACAGAUGUGGAAGACCAUCGGGGCAACAGGAGCCAGUCCAGAGGGAGUGCAGAAACUUCACAAUCUGGCCAAAGCCAAGAACAUGGGCAAAGGAACUCUGGGAAUCCUACCUUGAUGUCAGCAGGCCAUGAGCUCUCACCUAUCUACAUCAUCAACGACAUGCCGGCCAUGAUCCAGAAGAGAAGUCAGCUGCUCUGGAGAAAUGGAAGCAGAGAGACUAGUGGAGCCCAUAUGAUCUUUUUCCAGCAGCCUGCCUCGAUGCAGACCAACACCCAACACCACAGGCCCUCAUCACAGAAGACAAAUGUCACAGGAAAAAAAAACAGUAGCACUUACUUACCCAUUCUCAACUCCUACCCCCGUAUUGCACCACAUCCUAGCAAAAAGCAGCCUGAUAAGACUUCAUCGAAUGAUGAUUCCCAGAAUCUGAGCAAGAGGGUGUGCACAAAACACGAGAGUGAUCAGACACCUGUGGCUGGGAAUCUGCUUCAUCAGCACCUUUGUAAGCAACCCAAAUUAGCAGUCCGGACCUCUGGGCAGCCAUGUGCUUCUUCAACCACAGAUAUUCUAUCUUUCUCCAGUCCCACGGCUGCCUCCUCAAGCAUAACCUCCACAUCAGUGUCCAGUCUGCGCACCACAUCCUCCUUCCUUGCAACCAGAGGGCUUCAUAGAAAUCGCAUCACCAGUACUCGCCACCGCCGUUUCCACAACACGGUAGAAAUCCUUAAACAAUCAGGUCUGUUGGACAUAACACUACACACUAAGGAGUUGCUGCGCCAGAGCACUGCCACAGACAGAGACAUUGCCCAGCUGCGCCACCACACCGAGCUACUGUGCCAGGCAGCCAGCAACCCCAGCUGCAGCCUGAAUGGUAUCAUGGCCUGGGAGAAUCUACACAAAGCCAUGGCAGAGUCUGGUAGGUACCCCAACCUAAAAAUCCUGCAGAAUUUACAAAUCCUGUCUCAUCCAGAUUCUGCCAGCAAACCAGAGAGUGUUACAACAGGACAUGCCAGCAGACCACUAACUGCAGAGGAUUCAGGCAUGCUGCAGGCUCCCCUUCUCACUACUAGAUCAGAGCCAAGCCGUAGCUGUCCUGUUCCGCAGCAGUCUCAUACAGAGCAACACAGGGAGCCUGACGCCAGUAAAGAAUCCUCAGACAAAGACACCUUUAUGCCUCCUGACAGUUCUACCAAUUAGUUCAAUCUUUUGUGCCUUCAGAGGGAGAGUGAGUUCCUUAAGGGUUUCCCUGAGGAGAACUUGAAAACUGUGAGUUUAAUAGUUUUAUUAAUAUUAUAUGUUUUAAUGGUAUAUCCCUGAUCAAUGAAAAUCCAAUGAUGACUUGAGUUCAGUAUGUUUCCCCAGGAAACUUACAAACAGGUGCCACUUAAUGCCAACAAUGGACUUCUCUCUGUUGCCUCCGCACCUGACACUGGACUGCUCUUGGGCCCUCCACCAGGGGUGGGGUACAGCUACAUUGCCUGCUCUUUGCUCAGUGACUCCAUUAUCAGAGAUGUCAAACUCAGGUUGGCGAAUACUUUUUCCUUCAU